AUGCUGUUCAAGGUGGAGGCCCUGAGAAUCCAUGGCUGUUCUCCAAGCGCUGCCGCAUCGGGGCUCGCCGCCUCUCUCCUUGCGCCGGUAAUGGAGGGAGACGCAUUUCCGCCGCUGUGUUCUUCCGAGAUUGUUGACUAAUCGAUGUCCGGACAUUAUGUUCUUCUCUUACCCCGCUGUUUUUUCGGUAAUUUAUGUUGGAGUCUAUCCUCCUUCUUCUCGUCUUAUCUUCCGUGCUCCACUGGCCUCUCUAAGCGGUAUAUUUCUUUCUGGCUCAGUAGUUCUAGUCCUCUCGGCUUUUGAUUCGGCGGCUGUUUCUACUGGCGACCUCCUCAGAUUUGUGAGUUUUGAGUACUCCGACUGUAGCAUUGCUUCCUCGUUCAGUUUCCUUCUCUCAGCCUCCUGCAACUGAGAUUUUGUAUGCCUACUUCCUUGUCGACGUCUAUCUUGUUCUGUGAUCAGUUCCUAAAGAUGAACAGAAUUUGCCCGUAAAAUGUUGUACCUCCUGAGAUAUUUGAGUUGAACGGCUUCUCUCUUCCUGGUCGUGAGGAAGAAUAGGAAUUCAACAUUCCUUUAUGAUACCUCUAAAAAAUCAUCCUGUAAAUGUAGAAAAGCGCAAGAACUGUUCCCUAGGUCCAAUCAGCUCUCAAUUUUUUAUUUUAUUUCGUUUAUCGUGAUUAAUUUGAGUUUUUUUUCAGAAACCCGCCGAUUCAGCUGAUUUCCUGCUUUUAAUUCCCAGUUCAUCACACUUCAAUCAUUUAUGUCAUUACAGAAGGGUGGCACCGGUACCUGGCAAAAUAAUAUGUUCACUGGAGAAGACCUCAACCAGUAAAGAUGUUUCCAGACACGUUUUGUCUUGUCUCUCCGCCUCUUUAAUAUUCUUAUCUCCUGUGAACAAGGUAUUUAACCAUGUCUCGCUUCUGAUUACCUUUCCUUCAAUGCGAGUUAUUUUCAUAGACGACCCUCUGAAUUUAUUGUAUAUAAUUGUCCCAUAUGGUAUAGGCAGCUAAAAUUAAUGACCUAGUGGCUCUAAUUCUUAAUGAGUUUUGAAUUAAAUGCCAAACUCUUCAUCAUAGGUUUGGUGUCCUAUUUGCAUUAUUUGCAUGACAGAACCAUCCCACAGAGGAGGCAAUUCCGAGAUUAUUCAAAAUAAAUCUACCAUAGUCAUUUCUAGUUUUUUUUUAAUAUAUCUUAUGAUUCUCUAAUAAUAGUAACUAUGAUGCUAUAUCUUAUAAUUUACCAUUUUUUUGCAAGGAUGAGUAAGCCAACACUAAAGCUGCCUUCUUUUUUACAUUGAUUAAAUUCAAAACGAAGUUUUUUUUUUCAGGGCACAGAAUGAGAUAGAACCGUUCUUGCAGAGGAUCAAAGAAUAGAUUUCAAGGCCUUGAAUUUUGAUUUCUUUUAAGAUUUUCUGGUGUCCAAUGGUGCCAGGUCGUUGCUGUAGAACAACCUCAGUAUUACAACAUGUGCAAACUUGCAACCAUCACGGAUAGUAAUUUAACACUAAAACUUGAUGAUGUACCUGAUGAUGGGAGUGGAAUGAUGAUGAUGAUGAGGUCUAUGACUGCGAAGAAUUUCGACCCUGUUAGAUAUUCUGGAAGAUGGUUUGAAGUGGCUUCCCUCAAGCGUGGAUUCGCUGGCCAGGGCCAAGAAGAUUGCCAUUGCACACAGGUAUGAUAUAGCCUAUAGCUCUCAUAGAGUUGCUAAAUUCAAGAUUAUUGAUUUUAUUUUUGAAAAUGUUUAAUCAUGGUUUGUUGAAAAUGUAUAAAAACUCGUAGGGUGUCAAGGGAGCUCUCAUCAAAUCGCUUAAUUCAAAGACUAUUAAUUUCAUUUUCUAUGUUUGGUGAUGUUUUGAUAAAAAACCAUAAAACCUCGUUGGGUCUGCAGAGUCAUCUCAUAGAUUCUAAUUUCUAUAUUUAGUAUUAAUCAGAAAAAAAAAAGCGUGAGUUUCACAUCGAGUUUAUUUAUUUAACCUUAUUUUAUUUUCUAUAACCUUUGAUUCUUCAUAAAAAUAUAUUAAAAGGUUCGCUGGGUGUGCAGGGAGUAUACACAUUUGAUCCAAAAGCUCCAGCAAUCCAGGUGGACACCUUCUGCGUUCAUGGCGGGCCUGAUGGUUAUAUCACUGGUAUAAGAGGGAGGGUUCAGUGCCUCCCCGAUGAAGAGACCGUGAAGACAGAAGCCGAACCGGAGAACGAGGGGAUGACCAGAGGGAAGUGUUUCCUUCGCUUCCCCACCUUGCCGUUCAUUCCCAAAGAGCCAUACGACGUUCUUGCAACUGAUUACGACAACUUUGCUCUUGUUUCUGGGGCAAAAGACAAGAGCUUCAUCCAAGUGAGUAUAGAAUUAAAGAUACCAGAUAUUGAUUUAACUCAAAGUACUAUUUUUGGUAAUAUAUAUAUAUAUAUUGUGUCCACUUCUGGAAAUUUUUAUAUUUGGUAUUCUAAUUGCUAAAGUCAAAACACAGGUUCCCUUUUAAUGAUUGAUGAAUCUUCUGGGCAUUUGGUUCUUUUCAUGAACAUAAAUUGAUGCUGGGAAAGGGAAUAGAGCAUUAUAUUGAUCAACAUUUCAUAUUAAUUUCCGCAUUUAUGGCCCUUUUUGGGGUCCUUAUGGUAAUGUUUGAUCCGUCAGAAACAUGUUCAUAGGUGUUCAUCAGCAUGACCAAGAUUAAAUUAGAAAUAGGGUCUUUGAGAAUUUUGUGUUUACUGAAGUUUACCUUAUGAUCUAAGGAUUUAUGUUCUUGUUCGAGGCCAUUCAACACUUUUUUAUAUAAAAAAACAUAAUGAGACAAUUUAUUAUCUUCGAAAUAGUGAUUUUCCUUUAUAGAUUCACACUUAAUUAAUUCAUUCAAAAAUGCACUCAUUGACAACCAUCUGAUUAUUCUGACCAUUAGCUUUGCUAAUUGACAGAACAUUAGUCUCAUAAGCACUAGCAGCAUCAAAAUUGUGACGAAUUUAUACAUAGAUGUAUAUAUAAUUGAUCAUCUGUAGAUUAUACUAAUUUGGGAAUAUUUUUGCACAUUUUUUCGAUCCAGAUAUACUCAAGAACAUCCAAUCCUGGCGCUGACUUCAUAGAUAAGUACAAGAACUAUUUGGCAGAUUUCGGGUAUGAACCAGACAAGAUCAAGGACACGCCCCAAGACUGUGAGGUGAUGUCUUCAAGCGACCUGACUCGGAUGAUGUCCAUGUCCGGAAUGGAGGAGGCGUUGACUAACAAGUUCCCAGAGCUGGGGUUGAAGGGGUCGGUCGCAUUUGACCCCUUCUCCAGCGUCUUCGAGACCUUGAAGAAACUGGUUCAGCUCUACUUUAAGCAAUUAUUUACCUGA